UGGGCUUGUAAUCAGUUGACAGAGAAAGCCCAAUUAUAUAUUUAAGGCCCAAAAGUAAUCGAUCUAGGGUUUAGUUACGCUUUUGUUUCAUUUUCACAUCCCUUAGAAUAAAUAAAAACCAGCAGCAACUUGAAGCUGUUCUAGGGUUUCUGUUUCGCCGCUCAGGUUUUGUGAAAAGAAUCUAUCUUGAGUAAUGUCUCCAGCUAAAGUUGAUGUCACCAAGAAAACCGACCCUAAGGCUAAGGCUUUGAAAGCUGCGAAAGCAGUGAAAUCUGGCCAAAUCCUUAAAAAGCCUGCUAAGAAGAUCAGGACAAAGGUGACUUUCCACAGGCCAAAGACAUUGACCCUUCAGAGGAAUCCUAAGUAUCCAAGGAUCAGUGCUACUCCAAGGAACAAAUUGGAUCACUACCAGAUCCUCAAGUACCCUCUCACUACCGAGUCUGCCAUGAAGAAGAUCGAAGACAACAACACCUUAGUCUUCAUUGUUGACAUCCGUGCUGACAAGAAGAAGAUCAAAGAUGCUGUCAAGAAGAUGUACGACAUUCAGACCAAGAAAGUUAACACCCUCAUUAGGCCUGAUGGAACGAAGAAGGCGUAUGUGAGGUUGACUCCUGAUUACGAUGCUUUGGAUGUGGCUAACAAAAUCGGGAUCAUCUAAAUUUAAUCAUCGAUAUCACUUUUGGGGUUGAAACAGACUUCUGGUUUUUCUCUUCCAUAGUCUCAGUUUUGCUAGAGAAGUUAAGAUAUUACCAUCACCUCUUUGUUAUGCUUUAUCUUUUGAUUCAAAAAGAUUUAUAUGUUUGGUAUCUGUUGAUGCGUCAAAGUUUCUUUUUAGAUCCCGGUUUAA